CCACGUUUUAUUCUGACCCUGUGGUCCUCCUGGGGAAGCUGCAGCUUGUCAGCAUGGCUCAGGAGUUUGUGAACUGUAAGAUCCAGCCUGGGAAGGUGGUCGUGUUCAUCAAGCCCACCUGCCCCUACUGCCAGAAGACCCAAGAGAUCCUCAGGCAACUGCCUUUCAAACCAGGGCUUCUGGAAUUCGUGGAUAUCACAGCCACCAACAACACCAAUGAAAUCCAAGAUUAUUUACAACAGCUCACCGGCGCGAGAACAGUUCCUCGGGUCUUCAUUGGUAAAGAUUGCAUAGGAGGGUGCAGCGAUCUAAUGGCCAUGCAGCAGAAUGGGGAGCUGAUGGCCCGCCUGAAGCAGAUAGGAGUGCUGCGGUAAUGGCAGGAAGGCAGCAGACCCCAUGCUGAGAGCAGCUGUCCAGCCAUGCUGACAUCAGUGCCUGAGAGCUGACCUGUAUCACAAAGAUGUCAAGAUCUCCUGGUGACUGGGAUUUUGAACAAAAACAGCUUUUAUUUCUUCUUUUCUUCAGCACUAAAAACUGUUGCAAUUUGCUUUUACCCACCCAGCCAAUCAGCUUAACAGACCAUGCUAGUUAGAUUAUGCAUUCUUCAUGUACCACCGUGUCUCCACCUCUGAGCCCAUGCCUCUCAACCAAGUUUGUCUAAACCUCCAGUGAAUCUGUUGCUGGCUCUCUGCUAGAACUGGGCAGCUGAAAUAAUUUUGCAGAACUCAGCUUUAUCAAGUGUUAAGUCACACACAUGCAUCACCCACCCCCACCCCCAUCCCACUUCUGUAAUCACUGCUCUGAAUCCGCGUGCUCAGUCUUGCCCUCUCCAGAGCUCGCAGAAGGCUGUCCGCAUUUGUAUGAGGAUGCUCUUUGAGAAGUCAGAUGAAGCAGCUGGGCACAGCUGGUCCUCACUGCGGCCACAGAGAGGGCACAGCAGAUGGCACAUUCAGCACCGUGUAAAGGUGAUUGCCCAGAAAAUUCCAAGCAGCUGUGUGUUGAUCUGAGUUAGACUAGCAGCAAAAUUAAAUAUGGAAUGCAAAAUUGUAAAACCCUGCCUCCAAGAAUGUCUGUGAAAGAAGUCAAGUUUUCAAAACCUCCCUAGAUGAUUCCCUCCAUCCACACUUUAAGUUUUGCUUCGAUGUCUUGCAGUGAUGGAGCUGCAGGUCCCUUCUCUAUCUCCUCACCCGAAGGGCUCGUUCCUAAUAAAGAUGUGCCUGGAAGUGACUAA